CAUCUCACCUGUAGUCUUCCUUAUGACUAAUUUAUGCUAAUUUAAUUUGUUGUUUCUUUCAGGAGUGAUGCCCUCUCUCCAAAAGUGGCUGAUGUCGUUGACAAGGUAAUGUCACACCAGCCGAUGCUGCAGCAACAACAUGAGGAGAAUCAACAACAACAACACUAUGGGAACAACAACAGCAACAACAACCACCACCACCACCAGGGUUACAACCACCACCACAACCACCAGCAUCAUCUAGCCUCUAUCACCGACAACCUGCAUGCUGCUGAACAGGCACGCACGGCGUCGGCCAACAACAUCUUCCACAGCAGCCUGCAGAAGUUCUACGAGGGCUACAAGGUGGCCAGCCAUGACACGGAACGAUUCUCCGCCCUCAGCCGGUCAUUUUCUGACAGCUACAACCUCGCUAAGGAGCAGCUGCUGAGUCCCAGUCUAUUCAACGCCAGGUACAGCAACCAGUCUAUGUCCGAGAGGAAGGAGGAGGUAUAUAAAUCGGAGAUCGAAAAUUGCGCUGCUGUCAAAAACUGUAAUGACCAUGGUGUCGAUCGAAGUCUGGAAGAUCGUAAUAUCGAUCGGAAUUUGGAAGAUCGCAAUAUCGGUAGAAAUCUCGAAGAACGUGAUGUCGACUGCAGUUUAAAGAAUAGUAGUGCCCCCGAUUCUCUCUCGGAGAAGCCUUACAGCAAAUCCAUUGAUGACGAUUCUGUAGAGAAGCAAGAGAAGGAAGAAGAACUGACACAGGGAAUCCCGAUUCCGUCAUUCUACGACAAUUUCAAACUCUCGAAAGACGGCGAGAACGUCAAACUGGGAGACGUAUGCGAGUACGAGAAGACAGUGAAUGACGAAGACGUCAAUAAAGGUUCAUCGAUUCUCAACAGUUCUUUGAACGACUCGUACCGAUCGGAGGACAACAGCAGCCCCGACUGCUCGUCGAACCAGCGACCUCUGUACCCCCACGCCAACUCUUUAGACAGAUCGUCGACGCAGGAGCUGAGUCGCAGCUUCUCCUAUCACAACAGCACCGGUGGCGGAAACCUGCCGGCAGGUCUGUACGAGGAAAGGGGGUACCCCCCGAACCGACGCUACUCCCUCCCAACACCUCCACUUUCGGAGUAUUUCCGAUCGCCAGUGUCGUCCACGUCGCCAACGGCAUCGUCGGUCUCACUGCUGCAUGCGAGCAACAUCCACCCGAACUCGGCAGGGAUCUAUUUCUGUCAUCUGUGCAGCUACUCGGGAAAGUGCAAGGACUUGUUUGAUGAGCACAUGAGUAUCCACUUUGAGUACAGUUGUCCACACUGCGACUACACAUCUAGAACGGAGGGUCGACUCAAGCGACACAUCAAAGACUUCCACACAAACGAAGACCCGAAUAAUCCGAAUAAAGUUCAACGCACAAUGCCAGGUCGUCCGAAAGUAUACCGCUGCAAGCAGUGCGAGUUUUCAACAAUAACAAAGGUUGAAUUCUGGCAGCACGCGCGGUCCCACAUCAAGGAGGAGAAGCUUUUGCAGUGCCCGCGGUGCCCGUUCGUCACCGAGUACAAGCACCACCUGGAGUACCACCUGCGCAACCACUUCGGCUCGAAGCCAUUCAAGUGCAACAAGUGCAACUACUCGUGCGUGAACAAGUCGAUGCUCAACAGCCACAUGAAGUCGCACACCAACGUGUACCAGUACCGGUGCGCCGACUGCACGUACGCCACCAAGUACUGCCACAGCCUGAAGCUGCACCUCCGCAAGUACAACCACAAGCCGGCCGCAAUACUCAACAACGACGGGAGCCUCCCACAGGGGCUGGAUAUCGAAAGCGCGGGUCUGUCGCUGCUCGCAAAGAGGGGCCCACCGCGAGGGCCGAGAGGGCCCCGGAAGGAGAAGAACGAUCAUUUCGGGAAUCUGGGGCCGCUGUUUAACUUCCCCAUGUCAUCGAUGGCCGGGAUGACUCCGCCGAUGACCCCGGGGAUGACCCCUGGGAUGAAUGCGGGUCUGAUGUCGCCGUACUGGCCCCUGAUGAAUCACAUCCCCAACGGAAUCCACCACCCCCCGCCGCCGCCUCCCCCGCCUCUAGUUCCCACCAGUAAGAUGGGUUCGAUGGGUUCAAUGAGUUCGAUGGUUCCGACGACGACGGCAACACUCCAGUCGAUGAUGAGUUCUCCCGACAGGCUGGGCACGAUGAUGAAGGGCAACGAGGAAGGCGGGGGCGGGGUGAUACGGUGCAACCUGUGCGUGUUCACGGCCGACAGCGCCGAUGUCAUGAGCAGCCACGUGGUGAAGGUGCACGCCCACGCCGAGAACCAGGACCUCUUCACGAUGUUCGGGAUCUCCUCUGAGGCGCUCCUUGACGAGCACGCGAACAAAUCACGACAGAACAGGAUGCACAAGCCCAUGAUGCACCUACCCGCCAGCCACUCCUACCCGAACAGCAAUAGCAUGCUGCAUGUACAGACUGAGUCCGAGUCGGAUGCCAGCAAGACGAGCCCCCACUCGUGGCCGCGGAACAGCAUCGGUGGCGGCGGCGGUCGUGACUCGGUGGGCGAGAGGAUGCAGCAGAUGAUGUCAUAUUCCGCGGAGUCACAGAGUCUUCCUGAGCUGUACAGCCACGCCGGCAGGAACAGACAGGAGUCGGUGUUGUCGCAGGCCGAUGACGCAACCGAUAUUCUCAAACAGAUGACGCUGAAGUUCGGAGGAUCGAUGUCGUCAAAGGCCGGCCCGCGCAAAGAGACGCCGCUAGAUCUCACCAAGCCCAAGUCAGUUUCUCCAGAAAUCCCAUCCUCCCACAUGCAUCAUAUGCCAUCGUAUUUAAAACGACCGUCAUCCGAAGAGGAGAUGGCAUCAUAUUUAAAACGGUCAGCCCCCGAAGACGAUAUGCCAUCGUAUUUAAAACGGUCGGCCCCCGAAGACGAUAUGCCAUCGUAUUUAAAACGGUCAGCACCCGAAGACGAUAUGCCAUCGUAUUUAAAACGGUCUGCUCCCGAAGACGAUAUGCCAUCGUAUUUAAAACGGUCGGCCCCCGAAGAUGAUAUGCCAUCAUAUUUAAAACGAUCGACCCCCAAAAAGGAUAUGCCAUCAUAUUUAAAGCGACCAACUCCUGAAAACGAUAUGCCAUCGUAUUUAAAACGGUCGGCUCCCGAAGAGGAGAUGAAAAUGGGAGAGAACCCAACUCCACCGAGUCAGGAGGUGGUGGAAGCUAGUCCAAGAAAGAGAUCAAGGAAAGGAAAAGCUUACAAGCUGGACACACUGUGUUUGAAGCUACAGGAGAAACAGAACGGUUCGUCGUACGAGAGCGAGAGCGACGAAUCCACAGAAGCGUCGGGUGAGAUGAAAGUGGAAAGGGAGGACAUGAUGAUGACCAACGCUUGCCAGAAACCUAGUCCCAAAAACGGUGUCGCUGAUGAUGGUAACUGCGGUGUCAAUGAUGGUGAUAACAACGAUGAUGAUGAUGAUGAGGAGGAGAGCGGGAUGAAAUGCGAGUCGGAUCCUAAUACGAGUCUGAAGGCCGAUCUGGAGCAGAUUCAUAAUAACAUACAGUUCAUGAAUAAUCAGUUACAACACGACUCGGAGGUCAAGCGUCAAGAUUAUGUCAUGGACAAGAGUGAAGUCGACACUCCGGAAGCUCACGACUCGAGAAGUCCCGUGACGCGCGACGUCCCAUCGGACAAGGACCUGCAUGGCGAUGUCGCAGACCCUGCGUCUGACAUUGCACAUUCUGUUUUCACGAAUCGACGCAAGCCCAUGACGCCGGCGCUGCGUCGAGGAACCGAACUGGCAUGGAAGAUACUCAACGACCCUUCGACGCCUGUCGGAAAUCCCAAGCAGAGCAGUGAAAUCGUCCUGGAGACCCCCCCACGAAACGGGCCGGUGCCCCUCCCCCAUUCCAACGGGGCGUCGCACCUGCCCCUCCCCCACCACACUGUCCUGCCAAACGGUAUUAGUCACCUCAAACAGAAGGGCUUCCCACACGGUUUGGAACACUAUGAGUGUCCGUACUGCGAAAUAGCAUUCCGAAACUGUAUCAUGUACACCAUGCAUAUGGGCUACCAUGGUUACCAGGACCCAUACAAGUGCAACAUGUGUGGGCACUGUGCCAAAGAUAAGGUGGAUUUUUUCCUGCACAUUGCCAGAGCUGCUCACAGCUGAAGGAAAUUUUUCAUUCCAUUAAAACAGACUCACACUUUUAAAGGGAGUGAAUUUUUUUAUUUUAUUAUUCAUAAAAGCAAGUGAACAAUUUUUUUUUUUUUAAGUUUGAAGUGAACAAUUUUGGCACUUUGAAAUCUGCAGUAUUAUUAGUAAGUGAUCUCCAAUGAAUCUGAACUAACAACUAAGCUCAGGGUUGUAUAUUAUCACAGGAGUUAUCUCCCCUGUAUUACAGUUGUCUCCCCUGCAUUUCAUUGUUUGUGUGUAUGUUCACACAUAUGUUCCACAACUCAGCUAUUAAGAUUUGGGUGGGGAGGAAAAAAGAACUAUUUUUCUCUCCUCGAUAGGUUUCCAGCUUUGUAUGGCAAAAAAUUCAUGUACUAUAUUUUGCAAUUGUGUGGCUGUCUGACCAAAAUUGGAACAUUAAGGUUUUGCCAUUUUGUCUUUUCAUCCCAAGCAGUUGGUUGCUGGAUCACCUACCUCAAGACAUUUUACUGAUUUUCAUUUGAAUGUAUUAAUUUUUAUAAUAUUAUGCGUUGUUCUAGUCCUUCAUGAAGUGAAAUCUAACCAACAAUUUGAUUGGUUGAAUCGAAUUUUGUCGGUUAAUGUAGUCAGUCCUGACUAGAAGAACAUAUCGGUGCUGUUAGUAUCCAAAAACAAAAUGGAAAUCAUGUUAUAGCAGGAAUUCUCAUUGGAUAAAAUAACAAAAAGGAAAAAAAAGAGAGAGAGAGAGGGAAAAAAAAGGUCGCACAGAAAGGUCAAGUGAUGUAUAGUGCUGUGAAGAUUUACAAGAAAUAGUGCCCAGAUGAAUAUUGCUACGCAGACAUCAAGUGCUUGGUCUGGUUUUUUAGUACCGUAUAUGCAGCUGGAAAUGUUUUUUUUCUUAGAUAAGCCUAAUUUGCAUAGUAUUAUUAUAUGCAUGCCUGUUAGCUUAAGUUUUUAGUGAACAUUUGUUAAUUUUGUAGCCCCCCCCCCUCCCCCCCCCCAGUUGAUUGUAGUUUUAUUUAUAUUAAUUUGGUGCUCCUGUUUUUAAUGUGUUUGCAUGUAAACAAAAUGGUAGCUGAUGAAUGUUAGGAUCUGUCAUAAUUAAUAGGAUAAAACAUUUUAAGGGACAUUCUAAAAGUUCAUGUUCUUAAAGGCGCGGACCCUAGUUUCAACCCGUGAAAAUGGACACUAAGUUUGGUUAAUAUACAAACCUGUAACACAUUUGGAUAAAGUUACGACAGAGUGAAACAAAAGUCUGUGACACUGAAAUGGAGAAAUACUUUCUAAAAAUAGACAGCUAUUCUCCAUAACCCGUUACUGGUCAUUCUCACGGUCUGUGCUUAUAAAACUUUUUUAAGAGUCCAGACUCAAUCUUUAAUGACAUCACAUGCAUACACUUUGUAUGGCGUUGUCAUGACAUCACUGUCCAUGCUAGCUCUGGCACUUGCCAA